AUAUUCACGGAGUUGGACUAUGUUGAAGAUCUCUUGACGCAUGCAAAGCUGAUGUGCAAGACUGUGCCGGGCAAAUGAGUGGCGGUGGUCGAGAAGAUCUGACAUUGCAUGCCAGCAAGUAUGGAGUGGCAGUGUCCUGGGACCUUGGAAGAACGGCUGUCGACCUUGACCUCCAGGCUGUUGUGGUUGAUGAGAAGGGGUCCAUCAUUGAUGCGGUCUACUACAACAACAUGAAGGCUCUCCGGGGGAGCAUCACACACUCGGGAGAUGAACAAACUGGAAAAAAGGCUGGCCUGGAUGAAUUUAUUUGGGUGAAUUUGUCGAGGCUUCCGGAGAGCAUAAGGCUGGUCAUUUUUGUUGUGGCUGCCUUCAGUGGAGGGAGCUUGCGUGAUGCACAGAAUGGGAUGCUACAUAUUCUUGAAGAAGAUAUGAAGCACGAGGUGGGCAGAUACCAACUCGAACAAAGUCUUCAUCAAGUUGAUGCUGUCGCCGUGAUGCAGCGUUUCGAGUCUGAUUGGCGCUUGCGAGUCAUCGAAGAGCCAGCACGAGAAGGUCGACACUUCAUAGACAUCCUCGAGCCAGUUCUUGGGAACAUCAUACGCGCAGCGAUUCCAGGAGCUCCAAAGCGCCAGAAGGUGGCCUUCGCGAUGGAAAAGGCGGCUGUGGUGGAUUUGCCACAGGCUUACUCCCUGAGCAAAGUCUACGCGGGUCUUGGCUGGGACGCGUCAAGCACUCUGGACAUCGAUCUCGAUGUUUCUGCUGUGGUCCUGACCAAAGAAUACCAGGUUCUUGGUGCAGUCUUUUUCGGACAACUUGAAGGCUGGGCGCUCAAACACAGUGGCGACAACCUCACCGGCGAGGGUGGGGGCGAUGAUGAGGUAAUUGAAGUUGAUCUUCGGUCGAUCCCAGCAGAGGUAGCGCAGAUCUUCUUUGUGGUGAAUGUCUACACUCGUGGAAUCACCUUUGAAAGCAUCCAAAGGGCCUACUGCCGGAUCUUUGAUGCAGCAGGCGAAGAAAUGGCCAGAUACGUCCUGCACGAUGGGCGCGGUGAAUGCGGCCUGAUCAUGGGGCGUUUCUUUCAUGAGUUUUCGGGUGACGCUGCCCGCUGGGGCUUCCAGGCUCUUGGCAGCUUCUGCAAGGGCCAGACAUGGAAAGAUUCAGUGCCAGCUAUUGCAGCACUGGCCAGACAGAGCCCCAAACAGCUGCAAAUGCGAAGCGGGACAAUCAGCAUAGAUGGGCCAGGUGGACGACCUGCACCAGUGAAGGCCAUGCCAACUAUCCAGGAGCCACCACGGUCUUCAGCCUGCGCCGUCCUGUGACUUAGCUAGAUCAUCUUUUCGUUGAAUUUGGUGGCCUGAUGAAAUCACGGCUUCCUGUCACACGUGCUUGGAGCUAUCUUGCUGUGUGCAAGCCUUCCGACGUGUUAGACCCGGAGCAACUGCUUUCAUUCUGGGAAAGGAUCCGGGUGCC